AUGUCAUUGAUAGAGGCAGCCAACGACUCUAGUGAUAGUGGGGCCUACGAGGAGUGGAUUCCAACUUUUUGCUCGCGUUUUGGGCACGAGUAUUUUUGCCAGGUGCCUACGGAUUUCAUCGAGGAUGACUUCAACUUGACUGGGCUUUCGCAAGAGGUUGCAUAUUACAGGAAGGCCCUUGAUACGAUACUGGACUUGGAAUCGACUUCUGAUGAGGAAGACGAGAAGCCUGCUAACGGGAAGGGCCACGAUGACCAGCAGCAGGUGACUAGGUCGAUCAUAGAGCAUUCAGCGGAACAGUUAUACGGGCUAAUACACGCAAGGUAUAUCUUGACGAAGCCCGGCUUGCAAGCGAUGGCGGAGAAGUUUGACCGAAAGGAGUUUGGUACGUGCCCCAGAUAUUACUGUGGCAGCAUCCAGUUACUCCCAUGUGGGCUAAGUGAUACAUUGGGCAAACAAACGGUAAGGUUAUAUUGUCCCAGCUGCCAGGAUUUAUACAUUCCGCAGUCCAGCCGUCAUUUGUCAUUGGAGGGCGCAUAUUGGGGCACAAGUUUCCCCGGUGUGUUCUUGAAGCAUUUCAAAGAGCUAGAAGACUACGUCGAGAAGAAGAGCAAAGAUACCUACGAGUUGAAGAUUUUUGGCUUCUCGAUUGCAAAAGAAGCAGUAUGCGGACCCAGAAUGAGAUGGCUCAGACAGUAUCCGAAAACCGACGAGGAGUGGGAAGAAUUCAAGAAAUGUGAAUUCGAGAUCCCAAGUUCACUCCUCGAGGAUGCCAAAGACACAGACCCAAAUUCUGGAAGUAAUGAUAUAAACAGUAGUAAUUCUAAGUAA